AUGACCGGCUACCGAGGGGCUUUGCCUGGCGAUCGACGGAGCUCGUUUUCGCGACCCGUUUCUGAGAUGCGCCAAGCCUGCUCGAGAAAUCUCUAUCUCUACCCACCGGCAUUGCGCGAUUACGCCCGUGCAAGCCUCAUGGUGACUUCGUCGGGGUACCGGAAGACCGUGAGGCAGACGGCUCUUCAACAGAGGGCUGGUGCGAUGCACGCGGCGGACAUGGUGGAGCUCAGUUACUGAGACACAAGCAUCUGUUUCCACCUCCUCUUCUUCAGCGAAGCUGUGAAGCACCCGGUGAUGCUCCUCGAGUACGGAGAGGAGGGAG